UCGACGUGUCAAAAUAUACCGAUUAGUAUUAAAAAUAAAACAUGAAUUAGAUAGAUAAGUUAGCCGUUUCUUCAAUAUUUUAGUGCAUUUGUAUAAAAAUGUUAAUAAACGGUGAUAAUUCCAUUGAUUUAACAACAGACAUGUCGGAGGAUAUGCAGCAGAAUGAUUCGUUCUUUUAUGAUAAUAUAGGAGAUCACCAAGAUCUUCUAUCAGCUCUCUCGCAAGACUUAGACAUCCCUAUGCUACUAGACCAAGACCCCUUCACGGCUUUACUAGAAAGUCCUUUAUCAAGCGAUUCAAUCACUGAAAACCCACCAUGGAGCUUAGACGACAUUAUAUCUUACGAACUGAAUGAAUCCCAAGACAACAUUAAACAGGAAUACAAACAUGAGCCGGUCUCACCUUUGCGAAGCACGCCCAGUCCAUCAUCUUUAUCUAACUCCAGCAAUGAAAUCAAUUUGGAAAAUCUCAAAAACGAGGUUACCAUCAACAAUCAUUUGGACACUCCACCAAUAUCGCCACAAGAGGGGUGUGUUAUUUCACCCAAAAUCAAUUUUCAACAUGAGUCUUUGAUGCAACCGGUUGUUAUCGCACAGAAUCCGGUUCAGUAUAUACAGAUUCCACAGGAUAAUAUGCAGAUUAUCACCAAGAGCGCUCCUGGGGCACUCAAAAGGCCGCUGAUUCAGCCUAAACCGAUAAACGGGGCUGUUAUUACAAAGCGUAAAAAUUCUAUUGUUUUAUCACCGCAACAGUUUGCAAAUUUAGCUAAAUUGGGAAAAUUAAAGAAUGAUAUUAGUGAAAUCAAGCAGGAUCUUGUCAAUAUAAAUAAUGUAUCCACGAUAAAUCCACCCCAAAAAGCAAAACAAAUUCCAAAUUUCGAAUCCAGGCCAGGCAGUAGUUUAUUGAAUGUUGACAAAGAUUUAGAAUCAAGAGCUUUUAAAAAGCAUCAGCGUAUGAUAAAAAACAGAGCAUCAGCGUGUCUGUCCAGGAAAAAGAAAAAAGAAUAUUUGACAUUGUUAGAAAAUAAAGUUGCUGAACUCACACAAGAAAAUAAUCUAUUAAAACAGGAAAAUGCACAACUUCGAGCCCGUUUAUCAGCUCAAUGUAUUGACGAAGACAAACCAAAUCAGCAUCAUAAUUUAAUAAAUAUUUCAGCAAACGCUCGUAAAAACACGGCGUUUUUAUUAGCAAUGCUCGUUAUGGUUUCAUUCAAUAUAGGAUCAUUUGGUUUCAACAAUAUGUUUAUGAAAACGGACAUUUCAGCGUUUGAAAAUUCAGAAAUUCCUAAAGAUGUUCCAGUCGGCCGGCAUUUGCUCUGGGUCGACGAUCAAAAUUUGGAUUAUGAUAGUGCAGAGAUUAAAAUCAACUUAACAAGUAUGCCUUCAAAAUUCCAAGACUUCAAAACCCAAACAGGCAUUCACCCUAUAUGCCCAAUGUACAUAAACAUCUCCGAAAGCAUGCGCCUAGAAUCUGAACUACGAAAAUGGAUCGGCAUCAAACAACAACCACUAACAUCAUCCUUUAACAAAUCCAACAUAGAAAACUCUGAACCAAAACCAAAUAUAUCCUUAGAACUAAUAACCAACAAACCCAACCGAGACAUAGACAAUCCUAGAUUAGUCAGAAGGCACGCGAUCAAAGAUAAAACUAAGAGUAAAGUUAUGAGAAGACGUAAAGUGAUAAUGGAUAAAAUUCCUGAGACUUAUAGCGAACUUGACGUGUUCGAUCCUAAUAAUUAUGGACAGGAUUUCGAGUUUUAUGAGGCUAUCAAAAGGAGGGAUGAUACUUUCUAUGUGGUUUCGUUCCAUUUGGAUCAUUUGCUACUGCCUGCAUUGGCUCAUAACAAUACGUCGAGGCCUAAAAUGAGUCUGCUGAUGCCGGUGCUUGGGAAAAAUAGUAAGUAGAUAGAAUUAUAUAUACAAUAAAUAUUUUAUUACUUA